UUCUGCCGAGUUGGAUAUGAUGGAAUAAUGGUAUGGGAGAGAAACGUCUGGGGUUUUGUUUUUGUUUCUGCUUGUUGUGAAGGAGGAUAUGAAUGGGUUGUUCGCGCUGCUUUGAAUAUUGUGGCGAGUGUUGAUAAUUGUAAUGGCAGAAAGAGGAGGAGAAUGAGGACGAAAGGGAACGACUAGAUCAGAUAAUCAGGUAAUCUUUCUAAAACAUAAAAGAUGAACCAAGAUUCAAGUGCUUCGUUUGAACGUGACUUUGCU